AGUGAUACUAUAAUAAAACACUAAAAAAAGAGUUUGUGUAAAAGGAAAAAACAACACAGGGAACUUCUUGUCCAUUGUUAGCAAUUACAGUACAAACACAAGAAUCUCUCGUAAAUCUCUUCUUCAUCAAAUUAUUCUAAAAGCUUGGAUAUUUGAUAUAGCUGAAAGGUGGUUAUGGUUUUGAUCAUUGGAAAAUUUGAGGGUGUUGAAAUAUUCUUCUCGCUGAUCAAUUUGGAGUUCUUUUCCAAGGCUUUCAUUGAGAAAUGGACAAAAAUCUUCCUGAAGAAGAUAAUGAUGCCAUUGACUGGGAUACUGAAGAUGAACUAGAAUUACAAGAAAUACCGGAACCAGUGUUCCCUUCAUGCACGGAUUUAAGAAUUACUGGGCAGCAUGAUGUUUGUUGCGACGCGGAGGCAAGCUCGUCAUCAGUACCCUUCCGUUCCAAGUUCAUUCAGCAAUUCGUAGUGAUGGGAUUUACCGAAGAAUCUAUUGCAAAAGCAAUAGAGCAGAACGGAGAAAAUUCAGAUUUGGUGCUGGAUUCUCUUUUGACAUUCAAGGCCCUUGAUGACUCUCCUGAAGAACAGCCGAGUACUAGCCCUCAGCUGGAGCCCUCCAUUAGUUCUAAUGAUAGCGUCUCUGAAUACAACGAGAACGUUUUGGAUGAUGUUUAUGAGGAAGAUAGUUGGUCUUCUGACUCAGACAGCUGCAUAAAUUCUGCUAAACAGUGCUACUUGAAUGACGAGGGCAGUUCUUUGUCUGAAAAAGAGAAGAUGUUAUUAUUUCUGGCAAAUAUGGGAUAUCCAGAGGAAGAGGCUUCCGUGGCAAUGGAGAAAUGUGGUCCAAAAGCAUCACUCCCUGAAUUGGUAGAUUUCAUUUGUGCUGCUCAAAUGGCAAGAGCAGAAGAUCCCUAUCUGCAAGAAGAUGUGAAGCCAACACUCGAGCAUAUAUUGAAUGACUGUGGUGGAUACAAGAAGAGGAAGGUAUACACUAAAUUGUGCAAACGGAAAAAGCAAAGGGAGAUAUCUGGUGAAGAGACAAUUCGAUUACCCAACCCUAUGAUUGGAUUCGGAGUCCCUACUCAAUCAAUUCCAACCAUGGUCCAAAGAAUUCUUCCCAAGCAACUUAUUGGCCCGCCAUUUUUCUAUUACGAAAAUGUUGCUCUAGCUCCAAAGGGUGUGUGGGACACAAUUAAGCGGCAUUUGUAUGACGUUGAGCCUGAGUUUGUCGACUCGAAAUACUUUUCCGCCACCGCAAGGAAAAGAGGAUAUCUUCACAAUCUGCCGAUUGAAAACAGAUUUCCUUUGUUUCCACUUCCCCCACGGACGAUUCAUGAGGCACUUCCCCUAUCAAAGAGCUGGUGGCCAUCUUGGGAUGGCAGGAAAAAGUUAAAUUGCUUGCAAACGGCCAUUGGGAGUGCGAGGUUGACUGAUAGGAUCAGGAAAGCUGUGGAGAAGUAUGAUGGUGCGCCACCUAUGGAAAUACAAAAGUAUGUCCUUGAUCAGUGCAAGAAGUGGAAUUUGGUCUGGGUUGGGAGAAACAAAGUUGCUCCUCUGGAGCCUGAUGAAGUUGAAAUGCUAUUGGGGUUUCCAAAGAAUCAUACUAGGGGAGGUGGUAUAAGUAGGACUGAUAGAUACAAGUCCCUUGGCAACUCAUUCCAGGUUGACACAGUGGCGUAUCACUUAUCUGUGCUGAAAGACUUGUUUCCUAAUGGAAUCAAUGUCUUAUCUCUCUUCUCUGGAAUUGGUGGUGGUGAAGUUGCUCUCUACCGGCUCGGUGUUCCACUCAACAAUGUGGUUUCAGUUGAGAAGUCCGAGGUCAACAGGGAUAUAGUGAGAAGCUGGUGGGAGCAAACAAAUCAGAGGGGGAAUCUCAUACAUUUUGACGAUGUGCAGCUCCUGAGCAGAGACAGCUUGAAGAAACUAGUACAAUCAGUUGGAGGUUUUGAUUUAGUGAUCGGUGGAAGCCCGUGUAACAAUCUUGCAGGCAGUAACAGAGUGAGUAGGGAUGGGCUUGAAGGCAAAGAGUCUUCUCUUUUCUUUGAUUAUGUUCGCAUAUUGGAAGACGUCAGGACCUUAAUGUCUAGUAGACAUUGAUCACACAGUCUUAGAUUUCGACAUCCUAUUUCUUUUUCUUCACCUUUGCCAAGGCUAAGGUUAUUCUUUGCAGGAUGAAAUCGAAUUAGAUACUGAUUGCAAUUCUGCAUUGUGCUGAGGUAUUGAAAUUUUCGUGGUCGAUGAAGUUAUGUGAUUGUUUCUGGUUUAAUCGUUUCAGUACCAGGUCCUUAGUUUUGAGUUGAUUGGGAGUGGGAGAAACUGGUUUGAUCAAAUCUUUGGAACUUAUCUCCAUACUUAAUUUUGUUUCCUAACAAUGCAGCUUUGAUAUUGAGGGAUGUUUCCAACAUUAA